GGGAGGAAUUUGAUCCUUUCUCGGUAUAAAAGUUGAGCGAGGAGUCGAGGAUUCAUCAGUCUACCUCUCUCGGUCAACAUGAAGUUCGCAUUGCUCGCUAUCGUUUCUGCGGUGUUCGUCGCCAGUGCCUUAGCGCAGGGACCACCAGGGCCGCCACCUGGUCAUGGUCCUCACGGUCAUCACGGUCACCGCGGCCCACCACCCCCGCUACCCAUGUCGGGCGGCAACAGCACCACCGGUGAAAGCGGCAGCAGCGACAGUUCGAGCAGCUCCAGCAGCUUUGUCCGAAAUGCGAGAAGCGUCCCUCAGCAGUCGCUCCAUCGACGACCACCCCCGCCCACGACACCGUCAUCCGAAUAAACAUGGAUGGAACGUGCUUUAUCACUUUGCUUGGCAAAAAACAUCAAAUGUAACAGACCAAUAAAAUUUGCAAUUCUCCACACGGUA